GGGACUUUUAGAGCCCAAUUCUAUAUUAAGGGUUGGGUUACAUAAUAAUAAUAAGAUGAAGGUGGAAUUGGGGUAGCGGCGUAGCGGUCUCUCUUUCUUUCCACAGAAAAUUAGGGUUGAUAUCAAUCAAAGAAAGUAACGCGGAAGGAAGAAUGGAAGGUAGCAAUCGGAAGAAUAAUUCGGCCGAAUGGGUGGGGAAAUAUCGUAUUCUGGCAAAGAGAUGGACUUGUGGUGUGAAAUCAGAAUUUUUCGUUUUGGAUCUGAAACAGGAGAUUAUUGUAACGAAACAUCCAGAAGUUGUAUGGAGCCGUGACGAAUUCACAACCACGGCGGUGCUUCAUGAAGAUACUCUCUCCGUCGUCAAUAUAGGUGUCCGUAAGUAUAAAAACUCUAAACCAUCCAAGCACAAGCCCUACUACCCUAUUAUGCCUGUAAACCCCGAACCCGAAGAAGAAGAAGAUAAUUACAUACACUCCUCCGAUUCCAAUACAUGUGUAUCUACUUUAGAUUUGACAAAAUCUCCAGCCAUAUGGUCCAAUUGGACUCCUGGCCCCAAAAUGAUUUUUAAGAGGGAGUCACCAUACUCUGCUGUCCUUGACAAGAUGAUCUUUGCAUGUAGUGGAACACGUUUAAACUCUAGAAUCCUUGAGGGCUAUCAGAUCGGCGGCAGCAGCAGCAAGUGGGAGGAAACAACUAUAAUCCCAUUUGGCGGCGAUUUGACUCUCCGUGAUCCAGCCUGGGUAUCCAUUCCACCCAUUCCCGAUCCCAACAACAAUCGCCUCAUUGUAUUCUUUGAAAAUACUGAUUCCCUUUAUGCUUAUUAUCCUUCUAAGGAUAAUAAUAAUAAUUGGGAAUUGCUUCAUCAACCCUUUCAUGGAGGACACUGGUUUUUCAGUGCCUCUGCUAUCGCCAAUCAAGUUGUGGGGGACAACCUUAUUUUAUGCUUUUACCCAGAUUCACAAAUCUUCCUGGCUUAUAACAUUAUCACCAACAAGUGGCUUGAUGUUCACUGGUUAUUUAAGUUUGAUGAUACUCAACAAACUUGUCUUCUUUAUGGGAUUGAAUUGUUUCAUUUGGGGAAUGAUAUAUUGUGCUUGGCCGCUUCCCGCGACAAAUUUCACAUUGAGUUUCUCAGAUUCAGUGUCAAGCUUGUCCAAGAACAACAACUUGUACAACUCACACCUCUCUCUUUCCACUCUAUAUUUGUUCCUGAUAUCUUAGCCAUAACCGAUACUUUUAUCCCUUUCUAGGUGGGUGGCUGCUUUCUAUAUAUUGUUGGAGUCGAUUAAGAAUCCUGGUGGUUUGUUUGCUAUAUGUUGCAAUAAUAUUUAUACUAGUAUUUUGGUGGUUUCUUGCAAUAAUAUUUGUACUGUAUUGUACUGCUGUUUAAAUUUCUGGUUGGUUUGCUAAAUUUUGCAAUAAUAUUGAGGACUGGAUUGCUUAUUGCGGCUUUAAA